GCUGCUGACGGGUCUCCAUUUCGCAGCGGGCGGACUCUCCCUCAAACUGCGAGUUGCCGACGGGACCAAGGAGCGCUGGAAUCCCAGCUCCCGCUGCUUUUCUCCCGGUGAAGUUGUUCUAGUCCCCGCAGUGAGCGAGACUGAGCGCUGCUAUGUCGGAGGGCUGUUUUCUGUCCGCGCUGCAGCCCAACUCCUCCUGCACCGCCUACGUGCUGCCCUCGGACGGCCAGUCUGCGGACCCCAUGGCCAAAGUCCGGAGGGUCCAGGAGCAGGUCCGGAUGCGGCUGGCCGAGAGGAAGUCCUACUCGCUGUCCAGACAGGGCGACUCGCAGCUCGGGCCAGCAACAGACCACAGUUAUCCUGAAGUGAAACAUUUCUCCAAGACACAUGGCUUCAGCUCCAGGUCCAUGACAAGCAUGCCCACUCGUCCCAUGGCUGUCUCUGCUGUGUCUUCUCGAGCCUCUGGGAUCUCCUCCCACUCUGCUGUGGACAGCAGUUUAAAGAUGAGGCAUAAAGAAAGCAGCAGCGUCCAGAGCAGCUUCCACACCUCCCAGAUGCAAAACCGCAGCCAGCGCUCUAAGUCCCUGUGCCAGGAAGACCAGAGAGCCUUUCCUCUCACAGGUCUGGUAAAACAAGAGACUUUGUCUGUACCCCUCACUGUGCCCCCACCUGGAGACCUCCGGCGCAGCCUCAGCGGGGUCCUGGCCCGGGAACGAGGCCACUGGCAGGACGAGGAGCUGCCUUACGAGUACACCUAUAAAGGCCCGUCUCAUCGCAUCAUCAACAGAAUCACCAACCGGCAGCAGUACUACCAGCAGCAGAGCUCUGGAUUUGGGCAGGAGGGCUGGGUGGGCAACGGCAGAGCAAUCUCCAGUGCAGGCGAGAGCAUGGGCGCGCAGUGGCAGCAGCACUCAUCCAGGGCCAACCACGCCAUGGCGGCGGCGCAGUACGCCCCGCUCCAUCGGGCGGCCUCGCUGCGCUCACUGAGGAGCGUCGGCAAGGGAGCGGAUAUCAUGGAUGCAGCCUCCAUACAUAGCAACGAUCCACUGGCAGACAUGCAGAGUAUUGACAUGCCCACAGCUGUCAGAUAUCUCUCCGACUCCAAUACUUCUCUGCAAGUCUUGGGAGCUGCUUACAUACAACACCAGUGUUACCACAGCAACGAUGCCAAGAACCAGGUAUGUGGUUUACUUUGAUGGUUCAGGGAUGCA